AUGGAAUCAGAUCAUAGAGUACAUAAAUCAACAUUAGUUCGUACAAUUAGUGAAACAGAUAUAAUUGAUUGUUCUAAAGUUACUAAUUCAAAAGAUAUUGAUGUAGAAACAGGAAAUUCAAAUGUGAAGAAACGUAAAUUAAGUGAUCAAAGUUUGCGUAAAGUAAGACCGUACUAUUACGAAUAUAAAACGUUUGCAAAAGGACGUUGGUUAGGUCGCAAUAUUCUAGAUGUUUUUAGUACUGAAUUUCGGGAUAGACCCAAGGAAUAUUAUGCAUACGCAAUAGAAAAAGGUUUAAUAACUGUUAACAGCAAAAAGGUUACCGCUCAAACAAUUAUUAAAAAUCAAGAUUUAAUUGGACAUCGAAUCCAUCGUCAUGAACCUCCCGUUACUGCUGAACCAAUUAAAAUUUUAUGUGUCGAAAAUGAUUAUAUUGUUAUUGAUAAACCUAGUAGUAUUCCAGUUCAUCCAUCAGGGAGAUAUCGGCAUAAUACGAUCUUACAUAUAUUACAAAAAGAACAUGGAUUUUCGAAUUUACAUUCACUUAAUAGAUUGGAUCGUUUAACAUCAGGAAUAAUGAUUUUAUCAUCGAAAAAAGAAAAAGCUCAAGAAUUUGAACAACAAAUGAAAGGUCGUAAAAUUCAAAAAGAAUAUAUUUGUCGUGUAGCGGGUGAAUUUCCAGAGGAAAAGGUAAUAUGUGAUAAACCUAUUAAGAUAGUAUCUCAUAAACUUGGCUUAAACGUUGUUCAUGAGAAUGGAAAACCGUGUACGACGAGUUUUGAGCGAAUUAGCUAUAAUGGUCGGACUAGCGUUGUAAAAUGCAAACCUCUUACAGGUCGCACACAUCAGAUUCGAGUUCAUCUUCAAUAUUUAGGUCAUCCAAUUGCCAAUGAUCCUUUAUAUGCAAAUUCAAAAGCAUGGGGAUCUGAACUUGGAAAAGGUGGUAUUGAUGAGGAAAAAACAAAUUCAGUAAUUGAGAAUCUUACUAAAGAAGGCUUUUGUGAAGAUGGUGAGAUGAACUUUGAUACUCAAAAGAAAACUGAAGAUUGUAAAAUUUCUCAAACUAAUACCGGAGAUAAUCUAAAAAAUGAGAUCACAGAUUUACAAAAUGAGAGUAAUCAGGCUAAGGCUCAAAUUGUUGCUGAUGAACCUAAUAUACAAUUUUGUGAAGAAUGUUCAAUAUCAAAAUUUUCCGAUCCUCUUUUACACCAACUAUUAAUUUGGUUGCAUGCUUUAAAAUAUGAAGGUAAUGGAUGGAAAUAUGAAAGUGAGUUGCCUUUUUGGGCUAAAGAUGAUUUUGUUGGAGAUAUAGAUUAUGUUUAA